AUGGCUCCAGGGGCCAUCAAUGGCUAUGCGAACGGUCUGAGUAACGGGGAUAGCGAAGGCUCGGCGACUCAUGCCAGGGAAGAGGCUACUGGUAUAGUCAAUGGGAACGUGAACGGCUUGGCGCAUGAGCACAGCGACGUCACUGCAGGCAGCCAAGAUCUCGGGUCAAUUAACGGGAGCUCUGGACCUCAUGGGCAACCUCACGGCCCAGCGACGUAUACCAAUAGACACGACACGACUCCCAACGGCAACAGUAAUGGGUACAUAGCUCAUAAUGGCGACAGCAAUGGACUGACGCCAGUACCUAAGGCGAUGCCUAUCGCGAUAGUUGGCAUGGCAUGCCGGCUCCCUGGCAAUGUCUCUAGUCCAGCAGAAUUUUGGGAGUUGUGCGCUCGCGCACGAAGUGGCUAUUCAACAAUUCCACCAGAGCGAUUCAAUAUGGCGAGCUUCCAGCAUCCAAAUCCAGGCAAAGCUGGCUGUCAUAAUCCUGUCGGGGGACAUUUCCUCAACACCGAUUUUGCGGCAUUUGAUGCGCCGUUCUUCAGUCUGACGGAGAAAGAGGCAAUUUCCAUGGAUCCGCAGCAGCGCUUGCUCCUAGAGUGUACGUUCGAGGCCUUGGAGAACGCCGGCAUUCCGAAACACGACAUAGUUGGAAAACACGUCGGCGUGUUCAUCGGCGGAUCAUUCCCUGAAUAUGAGUCUCAUUUGUUCAGAGACCCGGAUACUAUACCGAUGCAUCAAGCAACAGGAUGCGCAUAUGCAAUGCAGUCGAACCGAAUUUCUCACUUCUUUGAUUUGAAAGGACCUAGCUUUACCACUGAUACCGCUUGCUCCUCGAGUCUGGUUGCUCUACAUGUUGCAUGUCAGAGCUUACGAACUGGAGAAUCUGACAUAGCAAUCGUUGGAGGCUGUCAUCUCAAUAUGUUACCGGAGUUUUGGAUCUCAUUUUCUAAAUCGCGUCUUUUCUCGGAUUCUGGCCGCUCAUAUUCUUUCGACAGCAGAGGCACCGGAUUCGGGCGUGGCGAGGGCUGCGGUGUAAUCGUGAUCAAGCCACUCGAUCAAGCGCAGAAGGCCAAUGACCAGAUCAGAGCCAUCAUUGCCGGGAGUGGGAUUAAUCAAGACGGAAGAACGCCCGGCAUUACGAUGCCGUGCGGUGACGCACAAGAAAAGUUAAUGCGCCAAGUAUAUAACAAUUCGGGACUCAGUCCUGCAGAUUGCGGUUUCGUCGAGGCGCACGGUACAGGAACCCGCGUAGGCGAUCCUAUAGAAGCAACGGCAAUCCAUAAGGUAUUUCACCAAGGCCGCACGCCUCGGGACCCGAUAUGGCUGGGCUCUGUCAAGUCAAACAUUGGACAUCUAGAAGGUGCAUCGGGUAUCGUGGCUAUUAUCAAAUCAGCAUUGAUGCUUGAGAGGGGCUUCAUCCUACCAAAUUAUGACUUCAAGCAUCCGAACGAGAAGAUCCCCUUCAAGGAGUGGAACAUGAAGGUUCCAGUCAGCCAACGCCCUUGGCCGAAAAAUAAGAAGUACGUAAGUGUGAACAACUUCGGGUUCGGUGGCACGAAUGCGCAUGUCGUACUCGAGCGAGUACCAUUCACGCACCGAGGACCAAAGGUAGACGCUGAGCUCAGAGAUGAUACACCAACAAGGAAACUCUUCGUAGUUACCGCCAAUGACAAGAACUCAUUAGAAGCUGUCUUGAAGAAUCUUGUCAUAUACUUAGAGCAGAGGCCGGAAAUGUUCCAAAAGGCGUUAAUGGCGGAUGUGGCUUAUACCCUCGGCCAACGGCGGUCACUCUUGCAGUGGAGAGUUGCGAUCCCGGCAUUGAGGUCAUUCGAUCUCAUUGAAGCAAUCAACGGCCAAAAGCUUACACCAGGAAAAGAGUCCGAUCCGUUAAGGAUUGGUUUCAUUUUCACCGGCCAAGGCGCUCAGUGGUACGGGAUGGGACGAGAAUUAUACCAACAGUACCCUGUGUUCACUAACGCAAUCGACUACGCCGACGUCUGCCUGGGAUCUCUAGGUGCUUCGUGGUCUCUCCUCGAAGAGCUGUCAAAGGAUGAGAAGACAUCAAAAGUUGGCGCAGCACACAUAAGCCAACCGGCCUGUACGGCUAUACAGCUAGCACUAGUCGACCUCAUGAGGUCCUGGGGCAUAAGACCGACAGCUGUGGCCGGCCACUCAAGCGGAGAAAUUGCGGCCGCAUAUGCGGCUGGUAGCUUGACCUUCGAGACAUGUAUGGCGGUUGCCUAUCAUCGCGGUCGACUCAUCCCUGUCCUGAAAGAGCGAUAUCCGGAUUUACGAGGCGCGAUGAUGGCUGUUGGCGGAAGCAAAGAGGAGCUGGAGCCAAUGAUCUCAGAAAUCAAGGAGGGAGAGAUAAGAAUUGCCUGCUACAACAGUCCUUCAAGCCUAACAUUAUCUGGCGACGAGGCGGGUAUCGAUGAGUUGAAGAAGGUUGCAGAGGAGAAACAGCUGUUCAACCGGAAACUCUUCGUUGAUACUGCAUACCAUUCUCAUCACAUGAACCUCCUUGCCAAAGAUUACCAGGAAUCGAUCGCGAACACGCAACUACCAAUCUCUACAGAUGUGAGGUUCCAUUCAUCGCUGCUGGGCCGGCGUAUCGAUGGCUUAGAACUGGAGUCUUCGUAUUGGGUGCAGAAUCUCACCUGCGCGGUGCGGUUCAACGAAGCAGUUCAAGAUAUGCUGGCGCCAAUCGACGGCCACAGGACCGGGGUUAACCUGCUUCUCGAACUGGGACCGCAUUCAGCUCUCCAGGGUCCCCUCAAACAGAUCCUAAAAGCAGUUGGGGGAGACGCUGCCAAAGUGCCCUAUUUGACAGCCCUGGCACGGCAAAAGGAUGCGGUUGCAACAACACUGGACGUUGCCGCUACACUGUUCACCAAGGGCGCUAUUCUCGACUUCGAGGCCAUCAAUUUCCCAAAGCAAGGCAAGCCGCCAAUACUACUCAGCGACCUACCUCGAUACCCCUGGAACUAUUCCGCAAAAUAUUGGCAUGAGUCUCGAUUCACCCAGCUCCAUAAGAACAGAUCAGCCCCUCGGAAUGACAUUCUGGGUACCCUGGCAAACUAUUCAAGUGACUUAGAACCAACCUGGCGGAACAUAGUCCGUCUGGAUGACCUGCCGUGGCUCCAACAUCACAAGAUUCAAUCUAUGGUUGUUUUCCCAAUGGCGGGAUACAUCGCAAUGGCCAUCGAAGCAGCUGCUCAAAGAGCAAAUGAAGCGAACAUCUCAUUCGACAAGUUUGAACUUCGUGAUGUCUCAGUGACUGCUCCAUUGAUAAUCUCAGAAGAGGACGUCGAGAUGACGACCUCGCUUAGACCGCAUCAAGAUGGUGUUCUUGUCUCCUCCGAAGUUUGGGACGAAUUUCGGAUCAGCUCUUGGACUAAGACUAAGGGUUGGAAAGAGCAUUGUCGCGGCCUUGUCGCCCUUGAAGCCAGAGAUUCAAACGGGGUUGAUUCUCUGAGACAGACACUUUCCUCGCGGAUUCGCCUUCACACAACCACCGCCAAAGUAGAGGCAGCCUCAUCGAGAAUUCUAGAUGUCGCUAAGCUGUACGACUCUUUAUCGGAAGCUGGAGUCUCCUAUGGGCCCACGCUCCAAAGCAUAGACAACUGUCGGGUUGGAGACGGGUGCUCCCAUGCGGAUAUACUCGUACCAGAUGUAGCAAAAGAGAUGCCGAAUCAUUAUGUAUCAGCGGCGAUUAUUCAGCCCGCCUUUUUGGAAUCAUUAAUAUCACUGUACUGGUCCAUCGCCGAAGGUGGGCGAGGCUCUAUUGAAACUGUGUAUCUGCCGACGUCGGUGUCGAAAAUAUCAAUCUCGAAAGAUAUUACUGCGGCAACACAGCAGCCUGGACACGGCAUUCCGGCCUAUUGUCAAGCUAAUCUGCCUGUCGGUAUGCCAAGAUCAACGAAAGUCGCCAUAUUUGCGACAAACGAUCCUAUGGCACCUGAGCCGUUGAUAAGUAUCGAAGAGUUAGUAGUCUCCCCAAUUAUAGACCGGGAGGCAUGCUCGGAAAUCGAAGCGCGUCGCGAGCUGUGCUAUAAGUUGGACUGGGAGCCAAUCCUUGAACCACUUUCGGUUGAGCCCGACAAUACGAGCGACCCAGUACCAGUAGGAGAUUCCGAGAUCCCAGAUGCAGAGAUUGAGAUCAUUUGCGGAGAUAGUAAUUCGCAGAAUGAGAUCGCAUCUAGCCUAUCAGAGAUGCUGGAGAAAGCUAUGGGCAAAAAGGCUAGGACCAGCAACCUACUGAGCAGCGACGUGACAGGAAAGCUGGUGAUAUUCUUGCAAGAGAUCGAAACACCGCUUCUUUCGAACCUCAAGGAGGCCCAAUUCAAUGCACUGCAGAAAGCGCUGACCUCGGUUAGAGGAGCAUUGUGGAUUGUCCGGGGCGCGUACAGCAAUUCUACAUCCCCAGACUUGAAUAUGGUCGCGGGUCUGAGCCGAACCAUCCGCUCAGAAACCCUAUUGCCAUUCGCGACGCUAGACUUAGAUGGAAAGUCACCCCUGCCAUUAGGGAAGACAGUUGAAGCAAUCGUGAAAGUGUUCACUGCUGUCUUCAGCAACAGCACCUCAUCUAGUAGCGAGAUGGAAUUCAUGGAACGGUCUGGCUCCUUCUUCACCCCGAGAAUCAUAAACGACGAAGAGCUGAAUGACAUUGUAUAUCGCGAAACGAUACCCUCUGCGUUCCAGCCAGCGCCAUUUGGCGAAGGCAGCCGAAACCUGAAACUGACAAUUGGUAACCUAGGCGCUCUGGACACCUUGUACUUCGAUGAUAACACCGCUGCUGAAAGCACAUUAGAGCCUGAUAGCAUCGAGAUCCAGGUUCGGGCAAUCGGUGUCAAUCAUAGGGACUUAGCAGCAGCACAUGGCAAGACCCCAACUCCAGAAUUCGGCGUGGAGGCUUCUGGAAUCGUUCAAUCUGUGGGCAAGGAUGUUCGAGGCAUUGAAGUCGGCGAUCGUGUGGCUGCCAUUACGCAGGGUGCAUUCGCCACCUCUGUGCGCACGAAGAGCGCUUUCGCUUUCAAAUUGCCAGCGGAGAUGUCUUUUGAAACUGGCGCCACAAUCCCUCUAGCUUAUGCAACUGCGUAUCAGUCUCUCAUUGAAGUCGGACGCCUACGGCAUGACGAGACAGUAUUGAUUCAGUCUGGAGCCGGCGCUGUUGGGCAAGCAGCUAUCAACCUAGCUCGAAUGAUUGGCGCGGACAUAUACACUACGGUUGGGAGCACGGAGAAAAAGGAGUUCCUGAUGAAGGAAUACCAUCUGGACGAGGAUCAUAUCUUCUACGAUCGAAACGUUUCGUUUGGUGAUGCUAUACGGCAAGCCACACGGCAACAGGGUGUAGACGUCGUUCUCAAUUCGAUUUCUGGGAAUGCUCUUCAGGAGAGUUGGAACUGUAUAAGCAAAUUUGGCCGUUUGGUGAAUAUCGCUUCACUUGAUCCUAGCUCAAAAGUCCGGUUGGAAGUUCCGAGCGCGGAUCGCAACGCAAGUUACCUGUCCGUUGACAUGAUGUCCAUUGCCGCUGAGCGUCCAACAUUACUCAAAAGGCUGCUUUCGGAUGUCUCAGCCUUGAUGAGGUACGGCAAGAUCAGGCCGAUUUCCCCAGUUACCCUCUUCCCAAUUUCGGAUAUUGAAUCUGCGUUCAAGACACUACAAAGCGGUAAGACGCACGGCAAAGUGCUCGUCGUUCCCCACGCAGAUGAUAUAGUGCAGGUUACACCUCCAAAAGAGCCUGCACAACUCUUCAAGGAUAACGCUACAUAUAUCCUUAUUGGCGGAACAGGUGGUCUCGGCCGUAGUAUGGCACGAUGGAUGAUUAGCCGAGGAGCACGGCAUCUAGUGCUAGUGUCACGUAGCGGAAGUGCUACCGGCAGGGUCAAAGAAUUGAUAGAUGACGCUGCAGAAGUUGGGGCUGAAGUUAUCGUGCAAAGGUGUGACGUUGCGAACGUGGCUGAUGUCGAGGAGCUUGUUAAUUUUGGACUGGAAGGCAUGCCUCCUAUCCGAGGUCUGAUACACGGUGCCAUGGUGCUUCGAGACGUCCUCUUUGAGAAAAUGACAUACGACGAAUACACAACUGUCAUUGAGUCCAAGGUCCAAGGUGGUUGGAACUUCCAUCGAGCCCUCAUCAACGCGCCACUUGACUUCUUUGUCGCAAUAUCUUCUGUUGCUGGGAUGGUAGGAAAUAGAGGACAAGCUGCAUAUGCUGCUGCAAACUGCUUCCUCAACGCCCUUGUUCAACAUCGUCUUGCGAUGGGGCUACCUGCAUCGUCUCUGGACCUCACCGCUAUCUCCGAUUCCGGAUACCUAGCGGAGGACCUGGAAAAGGCCGCAGAGGUGGCGAGAAACCUAGGAAGCGAUACAAUCUGCGAGGCUGAGGUCUUAGCGCUCCUGGGUGCGGCCAUAUCUGGUCGACUGGCUACAGCCUGCAAUAACCAUGCAAUCACCGGCAUGAGGAUCACACCUACGAUGCAGCCAUUCUGGACAGACGACGCAAAGUGCAAAUAUCUUCGUGAGGCAGCUGAGGCGGCGGCGGCAGCCGAUGCAUCCGCCGGAGUAACCAAGGCCAUAUCUUACAAUGCGGCUGUGAAAGCAGCAAAGACUCCCGAGGAGGCAGAACAGGUCGUCUGCGAUGGACUAGUCAGCAAACUCGCCGCCGUAAUGAUGAUGGACAUUGAAGAUCUCGAUAUCACGCGCUCAUUAUCUCAUUAUCCUCUCGACUCCCUUGUCGCGAUCGAGAUCCGAAAUUUCAUCACACGCGAGUUUGAAGCCACGUUGCAGGUCCUAGAGCUUUUAUCGAGUGGUUCAAUACAGACCUUGGCUAAGGCAGUAUGCGUGAAAAGUAAAGUGGUUAACUUCCAAUAACCGAUCCAUAUGGUAGCAAAAACUUAAAUCUCGGAUAUAAAGAGACAGUAUGGAGAGGGAGAGUGCUUGGUAGAAUUCCUGUAUAUAUAGCCACAAAUGUUUUAUAUUUUUCUUGUUUGACUAGCGGCCACGGUUUUUCAAUAAAGUAGAAAUAUCAAAGUCCAUCUUACCCAUGCCCGUAAUCGAGGAUAAGGCAUCAAUCUCAUUGCUGACGAUCGUUAACUAUGCCCUUGGAUCCCAGUCUGGGUCGAGCUCCGUUAAGAGGUCGUCGCUUAAGAUGUCUCUUAGAUUGAUCAGCUUGAAGCUUGCUUCGUCGCUAGUUCCAGAUGUCGGCAAUUCGUUAGCAUCAUCGUGAACCACUACCAAUCCAUAAGGAAACAUGGGACCAAGCGAGGUACCAACGGCAGCGAUUCCAUCGGUGUUGGUUACCGCGUCAACUCCCUUCUCAGUGUUCUCGAUCGUAGUGAAAGUCUCAAUGUACUCAUGGGGCGCCGAUCGGCGAUAGACAUUAUACGCACUAACACCUUG